CCCAUCAUUGGUCAGUGUAUGAGCUCAGCUGCACCCUCUUCUUCUUGCACAGGUGUACCAGCUCCUCCCCUUCAGUCUGGCACAGGUGUACCGGCUCCUCCCCUUCAGUCUGGCACAGGUGUACCGGCUCCUCCCCUUCAGUCUUGCACAGGUGUACCGGCUCCUCCCCUUCAGUCUGGCACAGGUGUACCGGCUCCUCCCCUUCAGUCUUGCACAGGUGUACCGGCUCCUCCCCUUCAGUCUUGCACAGGUGUACCGGCUCCUCCCCUUCAGUCUUGCACAGGUGUACCGGCUCCUCCCCUUCAGUCUUGCACAGGUGUACCUGCUCCUCCCCUUCAGUCUUGCACAGGUGUACCUGCUCCUCCCCUUCAGUCUUCCACAGGUGUAGCGGCUCCUCCCCUUUAGUCUUGCACAGGUGUAGCGGCUCCUCCCCUUUAGUCUUGCACAGGUGUACCGG